AUGAGUGACACAAUUGCUUAUAUAAACCAUUUUGUGUCCUUAAUGGUUCUUCCCACAAACAAGAAGAAACACUUUCACAAAGAUAAAGAACUCCAAAGCUUCCACUCUUAUAACAUGGCAACUUUCUCUUAUUUCCAACAUUAUCCUCAUUCUCUUCUUGAUCCUCUUCUCUUCCCCACACCUAACUCUUCCACUAAGCCCUCUGGUUUCAUCGACCAGAAUACUCUCUAUUCACUACCAAACACUUCUACAAUCGAAGAUACUUCCUUUAACCUGUUUCUUGAUUCAUAUAAUGUUAAGAAAACCGAAAGCUCUGAUGUUAAGAAACAGAACAACACCAACACAAUCGGUUCUUCUUCCGGCGACCAGCUCAGCCACGGGCCCUCCACAACCUCUUCCGGCAAAAACCGUCGGAAGAAGACCAGAAAUGGGUUUAACUCCAAGGAACUAAGAUGCUGGGGUGGUUUACAGAAUCAGGAAGGAGUAGAGGGAAGAAAAAGUAAAAAGCAAAGAAAUGGUAGCACAAGCGACGUCAAAGAGAAGAGAGGGAGCGAACAAGAAGCUCCCAAAGAUUACAUUCACGUUAGAGCCAGAAGAGGCCAAGCUACUGAUAGCCACAGCCUCGCCGAGAGGGUGAGAAGGGAAAAGAUAAGUGAGCGGAUGAAAACUCUGCAAAACCUUGUCCCGGGAUGUGAUAAGGUAACAGGGAAGGCCCUCAUGUUGGAUGAGAUUAUAAAUUAUGUUCAGUCCUUGCAAAAUCAAGUUGAGUUUCUCUCGAUGAAGUUAGCUUCUAUAAGUCCAGUGGUCUAUGACUUCGGUUCGGACCUUGAUGGCCUCAUAGUUAGACCUGAGAUGGGAUCCACAGAAGUAAGAGCCUCUUUUACCAAUACAAUGCCAACAACUAAUCCUCUCUUUUCUUCACUUUUGGAUGAUAAUAUCAUACCCACGCAGGCACAGCUUCAGGAUGAGGGAAAAGAAAGAGAAAAGUUAGAAGACAGAAGUGGGUUCAACAGCAACAGUUUCUGUUCUUUCUCUUAA